ACACACUCUCACCUCUCUAUCUGACUCACACACUCUCCUCGCCGGCUCCUCCGCCGCGUCCCCACGCCGCCAGUGUUUGCUCGCCUCUGCCACCUCCGUCUCUGUCUUUCCGGCCGCCUUGUUUGUGCCGUGCCUCCCCUGUCUCUGCCUCAGCCUUGUGCUCGUCUGCCUCUGCUGCCUCCGUCGUCAUCGUGUUGGCUCCUCUGCAAGCUCUCCUCUGCUCCUCUUCGAAGCUCUGCCCUCUCUCGCCGGUGGCCUGCUCUGCAACGGCGCAACCUGCACCGACUCCAAGUUAGAAAACCGUCCCUGACUCUGUUUAUGCUUCUGCUGUAGGAUUGGAUUGGGAUUGAUUACCGGUAGGCAUAGAAUGGAGAAGGGCUUAAGUAGCACCAGCAGCACCAGCAGCAGCAAGGAAGGGUUACCUCUCACCCCUCAUUCCAACUUCAGAACUGCUUCCACCGACGAUGACCUCUCUCACAUCCUCUUCAACAUCAAAUCCUCCAAAACUUCCGCUGUUAUCAGUUAUGGCGCCUCUUGGUGCCGCGUGUGCAGUGAAAUCCUCCCUGCAUUCCAUAGAUUGAGCAAUAAUUUUCCAAAGCUCUCCUUCCUCUAUGCAGAUAUUGAUGAAUGCCCAGAAACAACUCAACACAUUCGAUACACCCCUACUUUUCAAUUUUUUCGAGAUGGUGAAAAGGUAGAUGAAAUGUAUGGUGCUGGAGAAGAGAGGCUGCGUGAUCGCGUCUGGUUGCACUCUUGAGUACACUAUACAAUGUCAUUUUUAUUGUCCGAGUUAAGUAACAUGCUUGCAAUUUUUCAGUAGAUGUAACAUUGUGAAUCAUGAACAAUUCAGUGAAUAUUCAGGCAAA